CUCUAUCCGAACGACUGUUUCUCAUUGAAUUUUCACUAUAAGUACUUGCCCCAUUGAAUACCCAAGUCAUUACCCCUUCUCUCUCCCUCUCCUAAACAACUCUCUCAGUUCUCAUCUAAGUUAGAAAGAGGUGUGAGGAAGUCUGACGGAUUGGCCGGAGUUGGUGGUUUUUCCAAAGGAGAAAUGAGAGUUCACGGCUGCGACCCCGCAAGGGGUCGGCUUUGGCCUCAGCUACUAGUGGCAUUCGCCAUAUUGGUUGUUUCAAACAUCAUGGCAGUCUCGGCUGACCCAUAUGUUUAUUCCUCUCCUCCACCACCAUAUGAGUACAAAUCACCGCCGCCACCCUCUCCAUCUCCACCACCAACAUAUGAGUACAAGUCCCCGCCGCCACCCUCUCCAUCUCCACCACCACCAUAUGAGUACAAGUCACCACCGCCACCAUCUCCAUCUCCACCGCCACCGUACGAGUACAAAUCUCCGCCACCACCAUCACCAUCUCCACCACCACCAUAUGUUUACAAGUCACCACCUCCACCCUCUCCAUCCCCACCACCACCUUAUGAGUAUAAGUCACCACCACCACCCUCUCCAUCCCCACCACCACCUUAUGAGUACAAGUCCCCACCACCACCCUCUCCAUCCCCACCACUACCUUAUGAGUACAAGUCACCACCGCCACCCUCUCCAUCUCCACCACCACCUUAUGAGUACAAAUCACCACCGCCACCCUCUCCAUCCCCACCACCACCGUAUGAGUACAAGUCCCCCCCGCCACCCUCUCCAUCCCCACCACCACCGUAUGAGUACAAGUCCCCCCCGCCACCCUCUCCAUCCCCACCACCACCGUAUGAGUACAAGUCGCCACCACCUCCAUCACUUUCUCCACCACCACCAUACUAUUACACUUCUCCGCCACCACCGGUCAAGUCGCCACCUCCUCCAUACUACUACACUUCUCCGCCGCCACCGGUCAAGUCACCACCUACACCAUACUACUACACUUCUCCGCCACCACCGGUCAAGUCCCCACCUCCUCCAUACUACUACACUUCUCCGCCACCACCACCAUAUCACUACACUUCUCCACCACCACCGGUCAAGUCACCACCUCCUCCAUACUACUACACUUCUCCGCCACCACCCGUCAAGUCCCCACCUCCUCCAUACUACUACACUUCUCCGCCACCACCAGUAAAGUCUCCACCUCCUCCAUACUACUACAGUUCUCCACCGCCACCGGUCAAGUCACCACCUCCUCCAUACUACUACACUUCUCCGCCACCACCACCAUAUCACUACACUUCUCCACCACCACCGGUCAAGUCACCACCUCCUCCAUACUACUACACUUCUCCGCCACCACCCGUCAAGUCCCCACCUCCUCCAUACUACUACACUUCUCCGCCACCACCAGUAAAGUCUCCACCUCCUCCAUACUACUACACUUCUCCACCGCCACCGGUGAAGUCACCACCUCCUCCAUACUACUACACUUCUCCGCCACCACCGGUGAAGUCACCCCCUCCUCCAUACUACUACACUUCUCCACCGCCACCGGUGCCCCACUACCCUCCGCCACACCCCCACUCCCUGAUUGUCAAGGUUGUCGGAAAGGUUUACUGCUACAGAUGCUAUGACUGGACAUACCCAGUGAAGUCCCAUGACAAGAAACACCUCAAAGGUGCUGUUGUGGAGGUGACAUGCCAGGCAGGAGAGAAGAAAAUUGUGGCAUAUGGAAAGACUAAAAUCAAUGGCAAAUACAGCAUCACAGUUGAGGGCUUUGACUAUGGCAAAUAUGGAGCCAAGGCUUGCAAGGCCAAACUCCACGUGGCACCAAAGGGGUCUAAGUGUAAUUUGCCCACAAACUUGCACUGGGGCAUGAAGGGUGCUAAGCUCAAAGUCAAGUCCAAGACUGAUUAUGAAGUUGUUCUCUAUGCCAAGUCAUUUGCUUAUGCUCCAAAGACUCCUUACAAGGAGUGUGAGAAGCCCAAGCCAACCCCAGCUCCUUACUACUACACUUCACCACCACCACCACCACCCACUUAUAUCUACAAGUCACCACCUCCUCCACCACCAACUUACUUGUACAAGUCCCCACCACCUCCACCACCGACCUACCUUUACAAGUCCCCACCACCUCCACCAUACGUUUAUAAGUCUCCACCACCUCCACCAUACAUUUACAAGUCCCCACCACCUCCACCACCGACCUACCUUUACAAGUCCCCACCACCUCCACCAUACGUUUAUAAGUCUCCACCACCUCCACCAUACAUUUACAAGUCCCCACCACCUCCACCACCGACCUACCUUUACAAGUCCCCACCACCUCCACCAUACGUUUAUAAGUCUCCACCACCUCCACCAUACAUUUACAAGUCCCCACCACCUCCACCAUACGUUUAUAAGUCUCCACCACCUCCACCAUACAUUUACAAGUCCCCACCACCUCCACCGUACGUUUACAAGUCCCCACCUCCUCCCCCACCAACUUACAUUUACAAGUCCCCGCCUCCACCGCCAUACUAUUACAAGUCACCACCACCACCAACCGAGUCUCCUCCACCCCCAUAUUACUACAAGUCACCACCACCACCUUCUCCAUCUCCUCCACUUCCUUAUUACUACAAGUCCCCGCCACCACCCUCACCAUCACCACCCCCUCCAUAUUAUUACAAGUCCCCACCGCCACCUUCUCCAUCUCCUCCACCACCUUACUACUACAAGUCUCCACCUCCACCAUCUCCAUCCCCGCCUACUCCCUACUACUACAAGUCACCUCCUCCUCCAUCACCUUCCCCUCUUCCACCAUACUACUACAAGUCUCCCCCACCACCAUCUCCAUCUCCUCCACCACCAUACUACUACAAGUCACCACCACCUCCCUCACCAUCUCCUCCUCCACCCUACUACUACAAGUCUCCUCCACCACCCUCACCGUCUCCUCCUCCACCAUACUACUACAAAUCUCCUCCUCCACCCUCACCAUCUCUUCCAUCACCAUACUACUACAAAUCUCCCCCACCACCAUCACCAUCCCCACCCCCGCCCUACUAUUACAAGUCCCCACCCCCACCCUCACCAUCCCCACCACCUCCCUACUAUUACAAGUCCCCACCACCACCAUCACCAUCCCCACCACUACCCUACUACUACAAGUCCCCACCCCCACCUUCACCAUCCCCACCACCUCCCUACUACUACAAGUCCCCACCACCACCAUCACCAUCCCCACCACCGCCCUACUAUUACAAGUCCCCACCACCACCAUCGCCAUCUCCUCCACCUCCUUAUUACUACAAGUCCCCACCACCCCCAUCACCAUCACCUCCACCACCCUACUACUACAAAUCUCCCCCACCACCAUCGUCAUCCCCACCACCACCCUACUACUACAAGUCCCCACCCCCACCAUCCCCAUCUCCUCCACCACCCGUCUACAUCUAUGCUUCUCCACCACCACCGACUCAUUACUGAGCUCCAAUAGCUCCACCAUUCACCACCGGCAAUCAUCUUUUAGUUUCAAUCACACAAUAAAGGAAGUCUCCAAUAGGCAAGAUUCGGACAUCAAUCCUCCAAACCAAUUAGUCCUAUUAAUAAGGUCCUCGACAUUGCAUUUAAAAGCUUUAACCUUUAUCAUUUGGACCAGUUUGCUUCUACUUCUCUGGCGGCCAUCUUACACAUUAUGCUUUUACCACCAUCGAGGGAAGGUGGCUUCAGAUUCUAUUUAUUUUCGCAAAGCCAAAUUAGUUGCUGAUAUGGGAUUUGUUUUUAGGGUUUUGGAAAUUGGUGUUACAGAGUCUGUUUCUUGUUUAUUCAUAUGGUUGUUUCAUUAUUAAGUUAUUGAUGUAUAGUGGCAGAACAUGAAGUUGUUUGAUAGUCAUCUUUAAUUUAUUAUUGUCGCUUGCAUUUCUUGUUCUUUGUGCACUCAAAUUUUCAAUAAUAAAGGAUGACAUUUGCUAUCUCUCAAUCUUUCUUGUGUUGCUCUCCACCAUGUAUCUGACAAACAACUUUCUCUCUCAACAUUAUCAACUACCUCUCAUUUUCCUCUUACAUAAUGUUCCAGGCAACUUUAAACACAAAGUAGCUAUAUUGCCCCCAACGGGCCCAACCCCUUCUCUCCC